GACAGAGCCCAUAGUUUUACGCAGCGCACAUCUAAGUUUGACAUCUCCAACGGGCUUCACGGGGAUUUCUGUCCGCAGUUAAAGAUGGAGCCUCGAAAGUGCACUGGAUCUGUAUUGAUUGGGAUUUACCUGUGGACGACACUCUUCUGUCAAGGUUGCCAUGGUGGUGUUUACCAGAGGAAGCUGUACAGUGACCUGAUGAUCAACUAUAAUCGGCUGGAGAGACCGGUCCAAAAUGACUCAGCACCCAUAGUGGUGGAACUGGGCCUCACUCUGCUACAAAUCAUUGACGUGGAUGAAAAGAACCAAGUCUUGAUCACAAAUGCCUGGCUACAGCUGUACUGGACAGACAUCUAUCUGUCUUGGAACCCAGAGAACUACCCGGGGGUGCAGAACCUGCGCUUCCCUUCCAGUCAGAUAUGGGUCCCAGAUAUCCUCCUCUACAACAGUGCAGAUGAGAGGUUUGACGCCACGUUCCACACCAAUGUGCUGGUCAAUGCCUCAGGUUCCUGCCAGUACAUCCCACCAGGUAUCUUGAAGAGCACCUGCUACAUCGAUGUACGGUGGUUCCCCUUUGAUGUGCAGAAGUGUGACCUGAAGUUUGGCUCCUGGACCCACAACGGCUGGCUGCUGGACCUCCAGAUGAUGGACGUGGACAUCUCUACCUACAUACCCAACGGGGAGUGGGAUCUCGUAGGUGUACCAGCCAAGCGUAAUGAGCUGUACUAUGACUGCUGCAAGGAGCCCUACCCUGAUGUGACGUUCACGGUCACCAUGCGCCGCAGGACACUUUACUACGGACUCAACCUGCUCAUCCCCUGCGUGCUUAUCUCUGGUCUGGCCCUGCUGGUGUUUCUGCUGCCUGCAGACUCUGGGGAGAAGAUCUCUCUGGGCAUAACAGUGCUUCUGUCUCUAACGGUUUUUAUGUUACUGGUAGCAGAGAUCAUGCCUGCCACCUCAGACUCUGUUCCUCUCAUAGCCCAGUAUUUUGCCAGCACCAUGAUGAUCGUAGGCCUGUCUGUGGUGGUGACAGUCCUGGUUCUACAGUUCCACCACCACGACCCGCAGGGAGGGAAGAUGCCUAAAUGGGUCAGGGUCAUCCUCCUCAACUGGUGUGCAUGGUUCCUCCGCAUGAAGAAGCCCGGAGAGGAAAACAAGACAGCCACGGGUAGCAGCAGCCCCCCGACCAACGCCUACAAGUACUCCCACCCACCCGCUCACCACACCAGCACCAGCAGCAUUCAGAUGAGCACCAUACCAGGCCAGGCAUCCACCCAGACAACCACAACCAACGGGAACAUGAACCUGUACUUUGGCUAUCAUACAAUGGGCACAGACAACCCCGCUUUCCCGUCCAGCACCGAUUCAGGCGUGUUGGUGCGCGGGGGCAGCCACACUAACGGUUCAUCCCAACACGACAUCCACUCAGAGCAGGCGCGGACUUUUCUGCUGGAGCAGGCUCCAGACAUCUCCAGGAUCUUGGAGGAAGUGCAGUACAUUGCCAGGCGCUUCCGGGAGCAGGACGAGGGCGAGGCGAUCUGCAGCGAGUGGAAGUUCGCAGCGGCGGUGGUGGAUCGGUUAUGCCUGGUGGCGUUCUCUCUCUUCUCCAUCAUCUGCACCUUCACCAUCCUCAUGUCGGCUCCCAAUUUCAUUGAGGCCGUGUCCAAAGAUUUCACAUAAGGCCGUGGGCUCUUCCCUUUCUGAGAGAGAAAGCGAGAGGCCAAGCUAACACUAAAAAUCCUAACACAAUGAAAACUGUGCCACACAAGCCUCCCCACUAUUACUCUGAAGCUGUACAAUGUCCAGUUAUUUUGAAAUUGUCAUUAGAAGGCACUUCAUAACCAAACCUUUCCUUCUGUUUUGCUAUAUUUGUCAGUAUUACAUGGUUGUAUGGUGGUGAUGUGGCUUUUCCUUCUCAAGGUGGUUUCCUUAGCUGUAGUUGCUGAUAACACCUUAAGUACAGCAAGCAUGUGCUCUGUAGGAGGUUGAGGCUACAUGUAGUAGUUAAUGGUGCAGAAACUCACUAAUGCACCUUUCACCCAUAUCUGUACGCCACCGCUUGUGCUCCCUAUCUCAUCAGCAUAGGCUCUUCACACUCCUUCCUUACCCACUCCUCCUUUUGAUAAUGGCUUCUGUUUCUUUUCCAGGUAUUUCUUCCUCCCUCUUAUACAAGGGGUCUGCAUGUCCUGAAGUCAUCCUAAAACCUCUUAACUUAGCUGAAUUCAAAGCCUCCAUACUGCAACACUUACAUAGAGCCAAUAGAGCUAAUAUUUACUUUUUAAGCUGUUUGUGUGGUGACGGUCUUAAAUUUCAUUUUUCAUUCAGUUAAUAUACUGCCACCAUGUGCUGUGCAUCUAACACCUUUUACAGCAUUUCCCCUCUUCCUCUUGUGUAUCAGUCUUCAUUUUUUACAUUUAAAUUACUGUAUUUUACUCUGUAGUCUGUUUUAUCCUCACUAUCCCUUACUCUGCUUUUCCCUCUUUCAAAACAUUGUCCUCAUUUCCCCCUCUCCUACUGGCCUUCACUUCAUCCUUUUGUGCCACUAGCUUCCUCAUUUCCCUCUUACACAGCCCAGAUCCUCCUUGUAUAUCCAUAAAUGUGAGCACGGAGAGUGUUACUGUUACCGGUAAAAGGAAUACUUGACUGUGACAUCAAAGACUUUUCAUUUCUGGAUAAGAGUUGAGAGUAUUCCCCACACUGAUACAUUAUUCCCAAGCCAGUUUAAUAAGCUGCACAGCAAUCCCAGGUCUCUCAACAGCUCUCUCUGCCAUGAUUCCUUGUACAAAUGCAAUAUAUUUAGUAUGCUUAGCAUAUGAUACACGUUGGCUGUUCGUAAAUCAGUAACAUUGAUCAGAAUACAAGUGUUUAUCCUUGGAGAGUUACAUAAUGUAUCUGACUUGUGACUAGCUACAGUAAAUAGAAAUAGUAUCGCUGUAUUUUGUCAAAAAUCCAAAAUGAAGAAAGCAGGAAGGAAGGAAGUGAGAACUGAAAGGCAAUGGGGAUUCUUGUGCAAAAAUAUUUCAUACAUUCUGAAGUGACACCACCCCAGUGGAGGUGUGCUUGGCAUUGAUCUUUUGUUCUGGUGAGUGCUUUGUGUUGUGGCUUUGUAAUAGUCGAUGAGAGGCAAACAUUUCCCUCUGUAAUCUCCAGCAAAAAAAAAAAAAAAAAAACAUGCAACAAGGAUUUACGGGGUGCCCUUGAGUAACCAGUGUGUUUUCAACCUUGUCUCCUCUCACCAUAAACUCCACCCAAACUUCAUCCCUGAUCCUCUUACCCAGUGGUAGAAACAUGACACAUGAAUUCCCACUCUUACAAACGCAGCUGACCUCACAAUCUUCUCUGAACUAGUACUCGUCCAUUUUGGUAAAAAAUAUUAAGAUGAACCUAGGUGGUUUGAGAGAGGCAGAUGAAACACCACUCCUACACUGUGUGACUGCACUGCACCAUCUGCGCAAAUAGUCACUUAAACCACUGAAAUGGCACCCAUGCUGUUAUGGUUGAUCAAUGGACCAAGUGCAUAAAAAUGGCUGCUGCCUGGUGACUUCUCUUCAGAUAGAGGGGAGGACAUGAAGCAGAUACCGGCUGUGUGAUACACACUGCGCUGUGGGAAGGACCCGGCUUCUUUAGGCACCUUGUUUCUUCAUUUAUGAGCCAGUUUUGAAUAUUUUGGCAAGGUUUGAUUAUCUUGAACAUUCCAAGACUAAUCUGUGGUGUUAUAUUUGUUAAUGGUUUAAACAUUGUGAACAGCAUUUUAGGUAAUAGAGAUGCUAUUUUCUAUUAUGCUAAUACCAAUCAAUUUGUCACAGCAAAUUGUAUUUGUGGAUAGGGCACAGAUGUCACAGCUGGGAAAUGAAGGCUGCAUAUUGUUGGACUGAGCGAACCAGCAAGGGCGUUUCAAGGAUGGAAAGAGAGAGAAAGACAGAUAGGUGUUUUUUUUUUGUUUUUUUUUUAACUCAUGCUGGGACUGCCACUUUGUCAAAGUUCGUCUGGACAAAGAAUUACAAGCUUGGAUACGGCUGCAAACGAGCUUGGUUAUUUGUCCAGAAAUGAUGCAAAACCUUGAUCCAGCUGGAAGGACAUAAACAUGGAUCUUUAAUGACUCAGAUGAGACGCAACAUGAGAAGUCUUCAGAAGUCUUCUACAAGAGACUUGGACUGACAAUGACAGCCAAUUAUGUAGAUACAUUGUGAGAUAACCCAACCCAUUUUUUCUGUGUUAUGGGCUUAUGUUGAUGAAUAUUCAGCAUAUUUUAGUUUGUCCUGUGAACAGCAUUUACCCUGAUGCUCAGUGUCCAAAAUCAAAAAUAAUGAAAGUUCUCAAUGAUACAGUGUAAUUAAAAUAUGGAAAGAGUAACUGAUUCAAGGAACAAGAUCUUCUGCAAUGUGAAACUGAACGCUAAAUUGAAGUUAUCACAAUUUGUAAAUAAACACAAUUUCAUUUUUAUUCCAUCGUACCUAAGUAAUGGGUUCAAAUAGCACUGUGUUGUAAUUGCCUUGACUGUUAAAAAGUAAAAGAUAAAGAAAAGAGCAGUAAAGGAAAGUGAACGUUGCUACAGUUGAAGUGUGAUGGUGUGACUGGUUGCCAUGGCCGUGCUAGCACAGAGGUGGGCUACAUUUUAUCACCAGUGUUGUUAUUUUAUUGGUCAACUUGGGUGUCUUUCUUGUGUUCUGUGCCUCUCUGCUCAGUAUAAUUUAUUCUCCUUUUAAGUAUGUACAUAAAUGCCUAUGUACAUGAUUAUUUCGAGGAAAAUAAAGGAGAAAUGUGUCAA